AUGUUUUCCAAGACGCUGGCAGGGGCUGGUCUCCUUGCCAGUUUCGCCAUCAGUGCUAUUAAUGCCAUCGAUCCUAUUUCUGUUGUCGGGUCCAAGUUCUUCUACAGCAAUGGGACCCAGUAUUUCAUCAAAGGAAUCGCAUAUCAAUUGACCGAGGCCGAUCCUCUCCUCAACACCGAGCAAUGCCAGCGCGAUGCCUCCCUCAUGAAAACCUUGAAUGCGAACGCCAUCCGUGUCUACCAUGUUGAUCCCGAUGGAGAUCAUUCUGGCUGCAUGUCGGCGUUCGCAGACGCGGGCAUCUACCUGCUGGUUGAUCUGGAUACCUUCAACACUGCAAUCGACCCGAUAGUUGCCUCAUGGAACCAAACUCAAUUCAAUGCCUAUGCCAAAGUCAUGGACGCAUUCGCGAACUAUACCAACACACUGGGCUUCUUCGUUGGGAAUGAGGUUAUCGCCCUGAACAACCAAUCGCUCGCAGCUCCCUACGUCAAGGCGGCGGCAAGAGAUCUGAAGGCUUAUAGGAACAGCAAGGGAUACAGGAACAUUCCCGUAGGAUACUCCGCGGCAGACAUCGCAGAACUUCGCCCCAUGUUGCAGAACUAUCUCGCCUGUGGAACCAAUGCAUCCGAGAGCAUCGAUAUGUUUGGACUCAACGCCUACGAGUGGUGCGGUGCGAACACCAUGGCAACCUCUGGGUAUACUACACUCAACACCUACGCACAAGACUACAACAUCCCGAUCUUCUUCUCUGAGACAGGUUGUAACACGGUCCCACCGCGGACUUUUCAAGACCAAGACUCCAUUCUGGGUCCGGAUAUGGAUAGUCUCUGGUCCGGAGCCAUAGUCUACGAAUGGAUCCAAGAAGCCAACAACUACGGUCUCAUAUCCUAUGGCCCCAAGGUAGACCCAACCGUGGUUGCCAGCGGUGUCGUGGCUGGAAUCUCGCGAACUGGAACUCCUACCCCCGUCUUGCCUGACUUCACAAACCUGCAAAGCAAGUGGGCGACUCUGACCCCUACCGGUGUGGCAUCUUCUGCGUACUCGCCAAGCUUAACGCCACCUGCAUGUCCCAGCUCCACAGCGGGAGGAUGGCUCGUGGAUGGUGAUGUUGCGCUCCCCUCGGUGGGGCAGACGCAGCAGGUGAGCUCGACUGGGUCCCCGACCUCGGGAGCCACGGCGUCUUCGUCACCAACUGGUACAGCGACUGGAUCGGCGGCCAACCCAACGAAUUCAAAGAAAUCGCAGUCGCCUGCCAAUGGAGGAAGGGAGAUUGCGGGCAUGAGUGCGGGCUUGGUGGCUGUUAUGCUCGGAUUUGUGUAUUGGCUAUGA